AUGGGUGUACAGAACAAUGAUAAACGGAAAACGUCAGAAAACGGGUAUAAAUUCGUGAACUCUCUGUCAUACUGGAUCGAUUGUCAGAGUAAAUAUGGGUGGGUUGUUGCUGCGAAUUCAAAUGGACAAGGAUUAUCUUUUAAGCUGGCGUUAAGGGCUUUUAAAAAGUCGCCUCUUUUCUUUGUCCGAUUAUCCUCACCGCUCACUGUAAUUAUUACUGAAAUCUUUAACUGCUUCUUUCUUUUCGCUCUUUAUUUUUCUUUCUUUAUUUUUGUCUCUUUCUUUCACUCGUACUUCUCCUUCUCUAUUACAUUUUUAUUUAUGUCUUUCUUAUUUUUUCUUCCUCUUUUUUCUUCCUCGCUUUCUGAAACGAUUCUUCCAUCUUACAAACAUUAUUUCUCUCUUUUUUUUUUCUUAAAGUCUCAUUUUUGUUAUUUUUCUUUUUCUCCUUCACUUUUUUAUUUUCUUUCUCCUUCAAUUGAUUAUUGUAAUUUUCUUUGUUUUCUUUCAUCUCUCUUUCUUCCUGUUAAUGCAUUUCCCACAAUUUCAUCGGUCCUCCAUGACUCUCUCCUUAUUCGUUCUUUUUCUUAUUCGCUUUAUUUCUCACUCUAUCUUUCUCUCACGCACACAAACACAUACACACAAAUACACACAUGCAUUUUAUUAAUGCUCCCUAUUUUGUCCCGAAUUUAUUUCUUUUACUUUCUCUUUUUCAAUAUGUCUCUCACACAUAUGCAACCACAUGCACGGACACAUCAGUGUCAGUUUCUCUCUCUCUCUCUCUCUCUCUCUCUCUCUCUCUCUCUCUCUCUCUCUCUCUCUCUCCACGCACACAUCUUCCCCAUUUAUAGUUUUGUAUAA